AUGGGUGACUGGAGUUUUCUGGGGAGACUAUUAGAAAAUGCACAAGAACACUCUACAGUUAUUGGCAAGGUUUGGCUGACAGUCCUAUUUAUCUUUCGGAUUUUGGUACUUGGGGCAGCUGCAGAAGAAGUCUGGGGGGAUGAGCAAUCUGACUUUACUUGCAACACUCAGCAACCUGGUUGUGAGAAUGUCUGCUAUGACAAAGCCUUUCCAAUUUCCCAUAUUAGGUUCUGGGUCCUCCAGAUCAUCUUUGUGUCUACUCCCACCCUUAUUUAUUUGGGUCAUGUCCUGCACAUUGUGCGAAUGGAAGAGAAGAAAAAAGAAAAAGAAGAAGAGUUGAAAAAAUGUAUUAAAGGUAAUAGUGAGAAGGAACUACUCUUAAGGAAGGGCAUUGAGAAGAAGGGUAUUGAGAAGAAGGACAAGCCCCCUAUCAGAGACGAGAGGGGGAAGAUCAGGAUAGGAGGUGCCCUUCUUCGCACUUAUGUCUUCAAUAUCAUCUUCAAGACUCUGUUUGAGAUUGGCUUUAUUGUAGGACAGUAUUUCCUCUAUGGUUUUGAGCUAAAACCUCUUUACAGGUGCAACCGUUGGCCUUGCCCCAACACUGUGGACUGCUUCAUUUCAAGGCCAACAGAAAAAACUAUUUUUAUCAUUUUUAUGCUUGUAGUGGCUUGUGUGUCUCUUUUGCUUAACAUGUUAGAGAUAUAUCAUCUGGGAUGGAAAAAGCUUAAGCAGGGCAUGACUAACAGAUACAUACCUGACCCAUCAUGUAAUAAAGCAGAGCCUCUAAGCCCACUCCCCCGAACUGUUCCUCCCAACAUGGCCUUUCCACCAUAUUACACUGAAGCAGCUGCUGCACCUCCGGCUAUGCACCGAGGAUAUGCCAGAUCCACCCUCACCGACUUUAAAAUGGCAUCCUUAGUUGAAGAACCUCUUGAUCCAUCCUUCUUCAGUGACCCCCAUCAGGACAGCACAUCAACAACAGAGCAGAAUUGGACCAACUUGACAACAGAGCGUGAGAGGAAACAGGGGUCAAGUAGUGCUAGUGCAUGCAGUGCCCCCACUUCUGCACCAAGUAGCUUGAGAAAUGAGGGUGGUGGUGAUGAUGAGGCAGCAGGGGAUACAGGUAGUGGGAGUAGCACAAGGGCAGAAAUGGAAGACAGACCAGCAACCACUACGGUGGAGAUGCACCAGCCUCCUGUACUGAUAGAUACAAGAAGGCUCAGCAGGGCUAGCAAAGCCAGCAGUAGCAGAGCAAGGUCAGAUGACUUAGCUGUCUAG